AUGGCGCUCUCAACUAGUUCCGGUGGUCUAAUCAACACCUACCAUUCGCAACCUUCCGCCGCCUCAAGCACUGCGCCGUUGACAAAAGUCAGACGCAAUAAUUUUCGGGCAGACGAAAAAAUCAGAGUCAUCAUCUACGUGAACCUCACCAUGACAGAUGAGUGGCAGCAGACUGGCUUUUGCUCUUGGGCUUUCAGCUCCCGCCCAUGUCUGGUCACUGGAGUUGACCGCGUCAGCGUUCGGUGCCUCGCCGGCAGAGGUGACAUGGAGGCAGCUAGUAUGCUUCUCGUGCGCCACAAUUUCGUCCGCCUGUCCAAGCCUUGGGAUGAGGUGCCCGUGUACCAAGCUCUAGGCAGGGCUCCGGCCACCACCCUCAUCAACCCAGGCGGAGCAAAGAGCUCCAUGCCAUACCCAGACACAAUCUACAUCUUCUUCGGAGAAGAUUCCCCCGGCGAGGAGGUCCGUAAGAACUGGCUCCGGCUGUUCGACGAGCUAAUGGAUAGUCAACCGUGGGGCUUCGCCGGGUUUACGAAGCGCGAAUUCCGUCACAAUGAUCUCCUUGUUCUUCAAGACACUGGCAUUGGGCCCGUCAAGCGCUACGAGAAGGCUCUCUAUAUUUUAUACAGUCACGGAUUUCGGCCAUGUUGGUCCAAGUAUCCUUUCACACCACAAUUCCGAGCCCCAGUUGACCUUCUCAAGUCGACUCGAGCCCCAGUUGACGUCCCCAAGUCGAUCCGGGCCUAUGGGGGGGCCGGCCUGACGAAGGGCAGAAAGAUCGUCUUUGGCACGGGCAAGGACCCGGCAACAUUCAAGCUGGAUGGCCGGGUGGUGACCGGCCCCCGACUCGGCGGUCUGGAGAUGGGCGGCACCCGUUUGGGAGAUCAGCUGCCUGAGAAGGCUGGUCCUUCAAUCCAGCCCAGGCAUCCGCCACCACAGGUGGCAGCCUGCGUCCAGGUGUGUGGGCCUGCGCCGCCGGUAGUGACCCAGACUUCGACAACGGCCAAGGAGAGGUCCAGCUUGCGCGGCUUGCGGAGUGCGAGAGACAGCCUUCUUGACUUCUUCUGGUGA